GCAUGCGCAAGUCAGUGAGAAAGUUAACUCCUGAACUUCGUAGUCAGGAAAAUUCUGAAUUAUAAAAAAGCAGGGAAAACACCAUUCAGUUGACAUGGCAUUUCGCCGAAGAAACAAGAGUUACCCUUUCUUCAGCCAGGAAUUCUUAAUUCAAAACCAUGCGGACAUCGUCUUCAGUUUGGUGAUUUUCAUUUUGAUUGGAUUGAUGUUUGAGGCAACAGCCAAGACGGCCAUACUGUUCAUUCAGCCUCAGUACAAUGUCACCACACUAUCACCAGAGGGCGAGGUGACGUUAUACCAUUACGGAUGGAAGGACUCGGCCACCGUUCUCUUCUAUUUCUUCAUCACCAUCAUCCUCCACGCAGUAGUGCAGGAGUAUCUUCUGGAUAAAGUAAACCGGCGUCUCCACCUCUCCAAGAGCAAGAAUACCAAGUUCAAUGAGUCGGGUCAACUGGGUGUGUUUCACUUGGUGUCGAGUGUGUGGAGUUUUUACAUCCUCAUAACAGAAGGAUAUCUCCUGCAUCCCAGCAGCCUUUGGGAGAACUAUCCCCAUGUACACCUCAGGUUUCAGGUGAAGUUUUUCUACCUCACUCAGCUGGCCUACUGGCUCCAUGCCUUACCGGAGCUCUACUUCCAGAAAGUACGCAAGGAGGAGAUUUCUCGUCAGCUCCAGUACAUCUGCCUGUAUCUGCUGCACAUCGCUGCAGCCUAUUUGUUAAAUUUGAGUCGUGUGGGUCUGGUUCUCCUCUUCCUCCAGUUUGUGUCCGAGCUGGGCUUUCACAUCGCCAGACUCUUUUACUUCACUGAUGAGAGCCAUCAGAAAAUGUUUGACAUGUGGGCAAUAAGCUUUGUGUUUACACGGAUGGUCACUUUGACCCUGAUGUUCCUGGCAGUCGGCUUUGGUUUGGCUCGUGGGGAGAACCAGGGGCUGGACUUGGAGAUGGGCAACUUCAACACUGUACUUAUAAGGAUCACUAUUCUGCUGCUGGUAUGUUUGACCCAAUCUUGGCUACUCUGGAAGUUUAUCCGCUUCCAGCUGAGGCGCUGGAGGGAGUUCAGACAUGAACAGGCUGUUCGCAAGAAGACUGCUGCAAAACAACCCCUGCGGCCACUGAAGAGAGACUCGCUAGAUCCUGACUUCUCGCUUCUGUCUCUCCUGCUAGUCGGUCACCAUGAAAAUGGAGUUCUUAAAGCUGAGAAUGGAGCCUCUCCUCGGACCAAAAAACUCAAAUCCCCCUAAGACAACACACUGACUGGCCUGAACAGUGGCCUAAGCCCCGGCUAAGGUUUCUCAUCAGCACAACAGGAAAGCUGGCGGCCACUGGCCAACGAGCUUCUUGUUGAGUAUAUCCUAAGAUGUUAAAGGGACUCAGUCGCGACAGACUUAGACUGCUGGAAAAAAAAAUGAAAUCCAAGGAAAUCCCUCGAGCCCAACAGACAUUUACUCUUCUCAUCAUAUCAGUAUUUUUUAUACAUCCACUCAGCCUGCUAUCCCACGGAUAAGGAGCACCAUUGUAUGCAGAAUGAUUCAAAUGUUAAGUGAGCACAGUAUGCGCCACACAUGUUACGGUGCGUGUGUGUGUGUCGAUGUUGAAUGUGUUGAAGAAUAUCCUCAUAUGUAAGUACUGUAUUGGUCGUAGCAUUGACUGAUGUCGCAGCGCUCGCCAUUGAGCCGGCUUUGCUUGUUUUCUAGUCUGGUCCAUUGGAGCGGAACGAUGUUACUGAUAUGGUAGGAUAUGAGCUUACUGUAUGCUGGCCUUAACAUUAUCCCUUUUACCAUGUGAGGGAAGGGAACGGUCACCUGGGCUCCUCCCCAAUGAUUUGUCUGCUUAAAGUCCUACAUUAGUCGCUGUUCACUUAACAGAUAAGCAUCAAGUAUGUAUGUUGGAUAUUACUGCAUGCCAUUCCAUUUUCUUUUCUUUGGUAAUUACUUUAUUAAAUAAUGCAUCUUUUUUUUUUUUCUACAUGUUUCUCUGUUUUCAUUUCAUACACUUGACAUGUCAUCAACCACUGGUCACAUGGGAAGCUUCUAUAUUUCCAGAGUUGUUUUUUUUACAAUUGAGUAAACGGCAGUGUGAUUCUGAGUGUAGUGCAGGGGGUCUCUGAAUAUGUGCUUUUAGCUGUUAUUACACAAUGCUUAACGUGUCCCUGGUUUUGUCUUCUGUCUGUUUUAUGUGGCCUGAGAGAACAUAAGUUUCUCUAGAUAAAAUGUACUCCUCGAA